UGAUCUUAAUCUGUAUAUUGAAUUACUCAGCUUUAACCACAAAAACUGUUGUCUUACAAUCAGAAAUGGUGAUGUCAAUUGCUUUUUCUUUACUAGUGAAAUAUGGGGCGGAAGGACAAGUCAGUACUGACAUAUGGCCGUCAUAGGAACCGUGUGAUGGCCACAGAUGUCUGGAGCUCUGAUGAAGACAAGAAGAAGCAUGUGUUUAGUUUCAGCUCAGGGGGGUCCAUCAACCUGUCCUCUGCAGACAGUGAUGUGUCCAUAUUUGAUUUGUCAAAGAAAGAAACAGUGACCAAAAAGAAAACCUCAAUACCAAGAACACCAAGAACUCCAUCACCUGCAAAACAAAGGGGGGUAAAUAAGGAGAACCGUUACAACAGGAAAAAUGGUGGAAAUAAAAAGGGGAAAAAAUUUACUGUUUUCUCAGAAACAGAAAAGGAGAGUUGUUCAAGCACAGGAGGAGAAAGUUUAGUGUUUUCAGCCAAGGCUGUGAAUCAGAGGAUUCUGCGGGACAGAAAUGGCCUGACAGAUUCCUCUAUGUCCACAGGAAGUCCUGCUGUCAGACGACAAACUCGUAAAAACAGACAAAACACAACAAAGAAGAAAAAAGAUGAUCUUUCAUACAACUUCAGCGAGUUUGAUGAUUACAGUCUCGUUGUUCUGUCUGGAACACCACAAAGUGCCAAUAAGAAGCCCACAAACAAAGCCUUGACUUCUGGCAUCGAGACAAGCACUCCUUUCCGAGAUGCCAGGAAGAACAGUCACAUAUCGAAGGAGAUAAAGGAUGCCAAUAUAUCUCUUAUUGACCUUGUCGAAGACAGUCCUUUUGUGUCUGAUCAUCACAGUUUUCAAGACUCGCCACAUUCAAUGUCCGAUAUGACGGGUAUAACUUCCAGCUAUGGUGCCAGCCCAUCUUUAGGUGUGUCUGGGAAUGGUGCCAAGAGGUCAGUGGAGGAUAAUCUUUCUGUUGAUAAGAACGUGAAGAAGUUGAAGGAUGGUGGGGUGAAACUGCUACAGGAUAGUAUUCAGAACAUGCACAUAUGUGAGCGUUCACGGAGACGUGUUGACCAGGACGAUGUGAGCACGACCUCGACUCAGGCCUCAUUCCAGCAGUCGCAGAGUCUGUUUGACAGCCCCAUGGAGUCAAGGUCAUCGCAUCUGUCAAGGAACGUGUCAGACUCUAGUAGACAAAUUAGUCCCUACAGUUGCGUGGUGCAGCUGCAAAAAAUGAGAGAUAGCCUAUUACGGUCACAGCUAGGUGACAGCAGUUUAUCGCCAUUAAAGACAAAUGUACAUAACACACGCUCAUUAUCGAAAGAACCUGGAGAUGUGUUUAGUGGUAGAAAGUUAAGGUCACAAGAUGUGGAUUUGCCAAGUGAAAAUUCCUGCUCUAGAGAGGACUUUGGCUUGGUUGAGGAACAAGAAGAGGAGGAAGUUAGUACUGAUUACUCUACAGAAGAGGAGGAAGAAGAAGAGGAGGAGGAUCUCAGUGACAUCUAUGAGGACGAAGAAGAUGAAGAUGAUGAUACUUCAGAUGCUGAUACUUCAGAUGCUGAUACUUCAGAUGAUGGGAUGGAUGAGACAAAAUAUUCUCUUACGGGUGAUGUAGUGAGUGGUGUUUGGACAGGUGAGAUGGUGUCAGGGAACUUGUCACAGGUAAAGGAGAUGGAGCUGUCCCCUGGAUCUCCGCAAGGAUUACAGAAGUCAGUGUAUUACUCUGCAGAGUCAGACGGAUCCUUCUACCGAACUGCUGAGGGAUCGAGUGCUGUGCAGCAAGACAAGCCAGGCAAAGACAAGAAGAAAAACAAGCAUCUGGAGAAGACUUUCGAGGAUGGAAACAUGUCAAGGUCAUUUGUGGAGAUGCUGACGCCCAACAAGAAAUCACGGUCAUCCCCUCCACUAUCGCCAAGACGUAAACUAUUCCAGAUGUGUGAACAGAAGGGGCCCGUAACCUUCCAGGAUGUCAUCCCUGAAAACAUGAUGAAGAAGAUUGUGAAGAUUGGUGAGGUGUACGGUGAAGUCUUUCGAGCUCAUCGCUGUGGGAACUCAGUCGCCAUCAAGAUUAUUCCAAUCGAAGGCGACUUUGAGGUGAAUGAUGAACCGCAGAAAACAUUCUCUGAGAUUCUGCCAGAAGUUGUUAUCUCAACAGAACUUAGCGGCCUCCACAUCCAGGGUAGGAAUACCACACCCAACUUCUGUCGGGUCAACAGUGUGGCGUGUGUGCAAGGCUGCUACCCUGACCAGCUGCUAGCACAGUGGGAUAUCUACAACAAGAAAAGGAAGUCGGAAAAUGAUCGACCAGGGCCUUCCGCCCCUACAGCCAAGAGCAGGAGCUCAGCUACCGGGUCGCCGGGGCGGGCUGACACAUCUGGGGUUAUUGCGCCCGAAGCUCGCUCGAGAACGCGCGGCCCCGGGCGGCUUGAUCCUGGCUUCGCCCUGGUGAUGGCAUGCCCUCGGCGCCUGGUGGCGCACCUGGCUUUAUGCACUGGUCUGUCACAGGUGCCUGGUGCCGGGCGAUACAGGUUUGCCCCUGUCAUUGCCUGGUGUCCCGACUGGCGGUCGCCAGGCGCCUCACCAGUUCGGGAUACUCGGCGCCUGGCAGCCAGUCAGUCUGGGCUGCCCGGAAGCCUGUUGCGCAGGUUCCUCUCGGCGACUCGGGCCACCUGGCGCUGGUUCCUCCCGCAGGGCGAUGUUUUUCCCCUGGCUCCUCUUGACCUUAUGAGUUUUUCUGGUCCUGCCUCUGGCGCCUCCUCGGCGCUCUCUCAGGAGUCUGAGAUUAUGGCGGCCGAGGAUUCUGCCGAGGUCGAUAUGGAGGAGGAGGAAGGGACGGUGGAAUCGGAGGCGGAGUGCCGCACUUCCUUUGCCUCGCCACCGCGCAGGUUCGGGAUAAGAUCGCCAAGUCCUGCCGCAGCCCUCCUCCUCCUCGCCAUCGGCCCUCCCCGCUAUGCCCCCGCUACCCUUCUGCCUCGGGCUAAGGAUGUUGUUAAGUGGGCUGCCCCUUUGCAGUCCAAGCGAGCAGGCGACGAGGCAGGGUUCAGACGGACGCCCUCACAGGUUGGGGGUCCUGGCGAAGCACUCAGCCUCCGCCUCUGGUCGGAGCAGGAGGUCAGCCUACACAUCAAUGUGUUAGAACUGAGAGCAGUCCGCAAGGUGUUCGAAAGUGCUUCCGGUUUGAUGACGAUACCCGUGUUGUUGAAUGUGUUCCAGUUUGUCAACCCAUGGCAAGCCAAGAGCGUUCUCCAACAAGUGUGUGUGUCUCUGGCCGUGGCAGAGGAACAGUUAGAGUUUGAGCAUCGAGAUCUACACAUCGGCAAUGUCCUCGUACGAAACUACAGCACUGAUAACAGCAUUGCUUACUGUCUAGCUGAUGGCGUUGUUGAGACUGAAAGUCAUGGUGUUAUGGUCAGCAUCAUCGACUUCACAUUGUCUCGACUCAGGAAGGACGGCUGUACCGUGUUCUGCGACAUAUCAAAGGAUGACAGUUUGUUUGAAGGCACAGGGGAUUACCAGUUCGAUAUCUACCGGAACAUGAAGGAAGAGAACAAGAAUGAGUGGGAGCCAUUCAACCCUCACUCCAACAUCCUUUGGCUCCACUACUUGGUGGACAAACUCCUCAAACAAAAAAGAUACAAGCGUAACAGUCGGGAAGAUCGGGAAGCUAUGCGGUACUUGCGUCAGUUCCAGGCCGAGGUUCUUCAGUACACAAGCUCAAAACACCUUGUACUGGAGAGCCACUUCUUCCAGACAUGACCAUGAAAGUCCUGAACACAAGCUUCACAAGCACCAGCAGUGUGAAAUGCUUACCUGAAAAUACAGAGGCCUGAAAUCAACUGUGAGCAAGAUUGACAUGAAAUAAUGAAUACAGAAAGGGUCCAUUUUCAGGAGAAGUUUUGCCUGAUAGAUGAGCAGACUCUAGAUUCCAGACACAUGCUGUCAAAACAUGUGCCACAUGACCUGUAGGCUCAUAUAGACAGGUGCUCUGGGGGCUGUCUUGGCUUUGUACAGUUUCAUUCCCAAGGUUAAGAGGGUACUUACUGGUCAGGCUCACUGACCUGGUUUAUGUAUGUCAUCACCAAUUGAAUCCGUGAAGAUCCGGGUUAGAAUUGAUCUUCAGUAACCCAUGCUUGUCGUAAGAGGCGACAAACGGGAUC